CACCAAUCCAACACCUUGCUGUCGUUCUUUGCGUUGGACAACUCAAAAGUUGUUUUCUCCCUGUCUCUGCAUUGACCGGAGUUCAGCAGUCAUGGCGUCACAUGCGGACAGUGCGCACGACCUCUUAGAUCUCGACAUAGGCACAUUACGGCAAUACGUCGAGCUCUUCCCGACCGAAGGCCUUUCGAAAGUCAUCACAGGGUAUCUCAGCAGUGGCAUAUCGAAGUACCCGCUCGCACAAGAGAAGGGAGAUGCUCCAGAUCUCAGCGAAGGUGGGGUAUCCCUCAGCGUCGAUGUGCCUGUAUCACAAGAUGAUUGUUUAGCCCUUAUGACAGAAGGCAUCCUGGAAGCUAGGAAGUCACCACUUGCACAUGUAUUACUCGGCGAUUUCUACCUAUCUCUGGAAGAAUAUGAAAGUGCUGUCGAGUGUACUAGGAAAGGCUUGAAACUCGCAGCAACCGAAGCCAAGAAGACGGAUCUGUCAUUUCAACGCACGCGCGACGCAUUGAGGAGUACUCUUGCAACAGCUCUUGUGUACUACCAAGCGCCUAGGAACCACCUGGAGGCCAAGCAGAUAUUCCAGGAGAUACUGAAGCGCAAACCAAGAUUCACAGCUGCUCUGAUUGGCCUUGGCCUGAUUCUCGAGGAAGAUGAAGACUACAAGGAAGCUGCAGAUUUCUUGGAGCAGGCUCUGAAGCUGGAUCCGGACAAUGGCCGCAUUGGAGCAGAAGCAGCAUGGUGUCAGGCACUCGCUGGCGACUACAAGACCGGACUUGACAAGCUCCAAGGCUAUCUAGACCAUCCCCAGAUGGACGCAUCCAAGCCACGUGGCCGAGAACUGCGGGCUCAGACUCUCUAUCGGAUUGGUGUGUGCAUGUGGGAACUUGACCCUUCGAAAGCUGCCCGAAAGAACCGCCAAGGAGCCUAUGCUAAGCUUCUCGCUGCCAUCAAAGCGAACCCAAACUACGCUCCCGCUUACACGCUGCUUGGCAUCUUCUACGAAGAUUACAACAAAGAUCGCAGACGAGCAAGACAGUGUUUCCAGAAAGCUUUCGAGCUUUCGCCUUCCGAGAUUGUCGCAGCUGAGCGGUUAGCUCGACUUUUCGCCAACCAGGGUGAAUGGGACAUUGUUGAGGCCGUCUCACAGAGAGUCGUUGACUCCGGCAAAGCGAAGCAGACACCUGGUUCCAAGAAGAAGGGCGUCAGUUGGCCCUUCUCUGCGCUGGGUGUUGUUCAGAUGAACAAGCAAGAGUAUCAGCAGAGUAUCAUCUCGUUCUUGUCGGCUCUUCGUAUCAGCCCAGAUGACUACUACUCUUAUGUCGGCCUAGGCGAAAGCUAUCACAACUCUGGACGCUACAACUCCGCACAACGCGCCUUUAAUUACGCCGAGAACCCCACGGAUGGCGUGAUCAUGAAGAAGACAGAAGAUGAAAGUUGGUUCACGAAGUACAUGCUCGCAAAUGUUAACCGCGAACUGAGCGAAUUCGACGAAGCCCUCCAGGGCUACGAAGCAGUUUUGUCUCAACGAUCACAGGAGUUUGGUGUCUCGAUUGCUCUCAUUCAGACCCUCGUAGAGAAAGGCUGGCACUGUAUCGAGACUGGCUUCUACGGAGAGGCAGUGGACAGCGCAAUCCGUGCUAUCGAAGUCGCCAACACAGUCACAGAGUACAAGCCUGAUGCAUUCAACCUCUGGAAAGCUGUCGGAGAUGCCUGCAGUCUGUUCAGUUGGGUGCAAGAGAAGCUCGAGAAGUUUCCUUCUGCGGACGUCGAGCGCUUGCUGCAGAGCAAAUCAGAUGUUGGCAUUGACCUUAAUACACACAAAGAGAUCGAUGGCAUCGGCAAGGACGAUGUCGCGAGUCUCUCUUCAAGCGAAGCGUCAAUCUUGACAAAGGUGCUGAAGGCUGCCAUUCUCGCGCAGAAGCGAGCGAUCGCCAGCUGCGAGCACGACAUCCAUGCGCAAGCUGUAGCAUGGUACAAUCUCGGCUGGACCGAAUAUCGCGCUCAUGUUUGCUUGGAACAGGAAGGAGAUGAGGAGCAGAAGCUUACGGGUUUCCUGAAAGCCGCGAUGAAGUGCUUCAAGCGUGCUAUUGAGCUUGAAGCUGGCAACUCCGAGUUUUGGAACUCUCUCGGUAUUAUAACUACGACACUCAGCCCGAAGGUCGCUCAGCAUGCUUUCGUACGUUCUUUGCAUCUCAACGAUCGUAACGUGCACGUGUGGACGAACCUCGGUACACUCUACCUGCUACAGAACGAUUUGCAGCUAGCAGACACAACAUUUGGACGUGCGCAGGCACAAGAUCCUGACUAUGCUUUGGCCUGGGUGGGCAUGGGCUUAGUUGCGCUGCUUGGCGGUAAAGAAAGCGAUGCAUUUGCUCACUUCACGCAUGCAUUUGAGCUGUCUGACUCGUCGUUGCUCCUGACUAAGCGACAGUAUGCUGUCUCGGCAUUCGACUUCCUCGUGUCAUCGCUCUCAUCUUCCAGUUCGAUCGUAAACUUGAUCCAACCACUGUUCGCUCUCCAACAGCUCAACCGCCAGGCGCCAUACGAUUUGUCACACAAGCAUCUCGCAGCGCUGUUCCUGGAACGCGUUGGUAACUACGAUGCUUCCGUGGCGGCUCUACAGGCUGUUUCCGAAGCUGCCGAACAAGAAUAUGAAAAGUCAGAGGCUAUGUCUGCUCUUGCGCGCAUCGUCCAAGCGAAGAAUGAUCUUGCACGCAACCAAUUGGCAUUAGGAUCCAAUGACUCUGCCGUCGAGGAGGCGGAGACUGCUUUGGACCUUCUAGCUGAGCUUGAAGGCGAUGCCAGCCAGUCCGUCCUGUCUCCCGAUCAACUGGACAAGAUUCGUCUGUCUGCUCGUCUCACAGCAGGUCUUGCACACUACUUUAGCGGCGCACUUGACGCUGCGCUACCAUACUUCCGCACAUCGCUCGAAGCCACUGGCUCUCACCCAGACAUCAUCUGCCUCCUAGCAGAAGUACUAUGGGCAAAGGGAGGCGAGAACGAGAGGCAAGUUGCGCGCGAACAGCUCUUCACCGCUUCCGAGAAACACGAGUCACACGUUGGUAUCUUGACUCUCAUCGGCGCCAUGACCGUCCUAGACGACGACCUCGAAACGAUGGAAGUUAUCAAAGACGACCUGGACCGCCUACGCACAGACAAGGACCUCACCGACGAGCAACUCGUGCGCAUUGAGAAGGUCGUGGAAGCCAUUUCGAUCAGCCUAGGCGGCGCAGAGCAGGAACUCGAGGAGGCACGACGAAGCGUUAUGCUCGCACCGUGGAAGCACACAGGCUGGUCCGAGCUGGCUGAUGCUGCUGGUGGCGAUGUGUUCGCCAGUACGCUCGCUACGGAGACUGCUCGCAGGAAUGCACCGCCGAAUGGCACGCUUGGUGCUGUUGGUUUAUCUGGUCCUAUGGCUGCAACUGGCGAUGCGAGUGAUGCACAGAGAGCGAUUGUCCUGGCACCGUGGAGUAAGGACGGGUGGACUGGACUUAUCGAGUGCGUGCAAGGCGCAUGAGCGCUCCACGAGUGAGUAAGAGCAGCGCGUAUGAUGAUGUUGCAUACUCAUAGAGGCUUUUAUAUACUAUCUAC